CUUCCAAGUUGCAACUAUAUCAAACCACGUAAGUAAUAACCAAGAAUCCCACAUACCUCCUCAAGAGGGUAAACAUGGAAACACACUCAAAAAAUAUGUCUAAAAAUAACCUUAUUAGAAACCUCAUAGUCUUUUUUGCACUUUCCAUCACUAUGCUCGUUACAUCCUCAUCAACAACCCCUAAAAUUUUCCAUUAUGCAAUAUUUCUCCCCAUCAUAUUUUACUUGCUCUAUUCCUUAUUCUCUCCCCAUGCACAAAAUUCCCAAAAUACCCCUCCAGGUCCGUUCUCCCUCCCCAUCUUUGGCAAUUGGCUCCAAGUAGGUAACGACCUUAAUCACCGUCGUCUAGCCGCCUUCUCGAAGACCUACGGCCCUGUCUUUUUCCUCAAACUCGGGGUUCGAAACCUAGUUGUGAUCUCGAACCCUAAGCUGGCAUGUGAAGUCCUCCAUGCACAAGGGGUGGAGUUUGGAUCCCGCCCUAGGAAUGUUGUCUUUGACAUCUUCACCGGAGGCGGCCAAGACAUGGUUUUCACCGCCUAUGGUGAUCAUUGGAGGAAGAUGAGACGUAUAAUGACAUUACCAUUCUUCACCAAUAAGGUGGUGAAUACUUAUAGCCCUAUGUGGGAGGAAGAAAUGGACAAGGUUGUUAGUGAUUUAAAGCAUAAUGACCAUAUUAUUGGUAUUAAAGCAAAAAAAGAAGGGUUUGUUUUAAGGAAGAGGUUACAACUUAUGUUGUAUAAUAUAAUGUAUAGGAUGAUGUUUGAUGAAGGUUUUGAAUCUAUGGAGGAUCCAACUUUUAUCGAGGCCACGAAAUUCAACUCUGAAAGGAGUAGAUUGGCUCAAAGUUUUGAGUAUAAUUAUGGAGAUUUUAUACCUUUGCUUAGACCUUUCUUGAGAAGUUAUUUGAGUAAGUGUAGAGACUUGCAGAAGAGAAGGCUGGCAUUCUUCAAUAACUACUAUGUUGAGAAGCGAAGGAAUAUAAUGGCUACAAAUGGAGAAAAUCACAAGAUAAGUUGUGCCAUUGACUACAUAAUUGAUGCACAAAAGAAAGGAGAAAUCAAUGAAGACAAUGUGCUGUACAUAGUUGAAAACAUCAAUGUAGCAGCCAUAGAAACAACCUUAUGGUCCAUGGAAUGGGCGAUAGCUGAGCUAGUAAACCAUCCAAAAAUCCAACAAAAAAUCCGCCAAGAAAUCGCCACAAAUCUCAAUGGAAACCCAGUUACAGAAUCAAACCUUGAACAAUUACCCUAUUUACAAGCAACAAUUAAGGAAACCCUAAGGUUACAUACCCCUAUACCUUUGUUAGUACCCCAUAUGAACAUUGAAGAAGCUAAACUUGGUGGGUAUACAAUACCUAGAGAGUCUAAGGUGGUGGUUAACGCGUGGUGGUUGGCUAACAACCCUGAAUGGUGGCACGAUCCACAAGAAUUCCGCCCUGAGAGGUUUCUUCAGGAGGAAGUAACGACGGACGUGACAGUGGGUGGUGGUAAGGUGGAUUUUAGGUUUUUACCAUUUGGUGUUGGAAGGAGGAGUUGCCCUGGAAUUAUAUUGGCAUUGCCUAUAUUAGGGCUUAUAAUUGGUAAAUUGGUGACUAAUUUUGAGAUGAAACCUCCAUUAGGAGAAGAAAAGAUUGAUGUGAGUGAGAAAGGUGGGCAAUUCAGUCUGCAUAUUGCUAAGCAUUCAACUGUUGUUUUAUCUCCUGUUCAUGCAGCUUGACUUGAUUAUAUAGUAUCAAAAUUUUAUACACCAAUGUUUGUUACAUUGGCCUAGGUCUGAGACCUUGUUUAUCUUGUUGAAUUUACUAUAUAGAAUUCAUUAUCUAGAUUUUAAUAAGUUUAAUUUAGCAUGUUAUUACUUAUACUUCAUGUGAUAAAUAUCUGUAUGUUUCUCAUGAAACCCGUGGAUUUCAGUUUUCUCUCUAAAGGGAGUAAGGAACCAUAAUCAAGAUAAAAUGUUUACCUUGUA